AGCAAAUGUCUCCAGAGUCCAGACUCGACCCUCUGGAAUCCUGUUCAGCUCAGCACUCCCCGCUCCCGAACACACGAAACGACUUUGAGUUAGACUCGCUCUCUCAAACAAUUCCCUCUUUUCUCUCUCUCUUCCGAUUCUCCUCAAGAUUUCCUCCGACGACGAAUCCACCAUGGCCGGCCAGCGCAACGACUACGGCAAGAGAUCCCAUUCACAGUCCGACUACGGGGGCGGCAAGCGCCGCAACCCGGCGGGCGACGAGACCGGCGAGCUUCAACACGGGAUUGGCAACGACGACACAGUCUACCGCUACUUGUGCCCUCUCAGAAAGAUUGGGAGCAUUAUCGGACGUGGCGGGGAGAUCGCCAAGCAGCUGAGGGCCGAGAGCAGGUCAAGUAUUCGAAUCAGCGAGUCGAUUCCAGGGUUUGACGAGCGCAUUGUCACGAUUUACAGCUCCAGCGAGGAGACCAAUUCGUUUGGGGAGGACGAGGAACUGGUCUGCCCCGCUCAGCAUGCGCUCUUUCUCGUUCACGAUAGGGUUGUGGCGGAGGAGCUAGGAGGUGGUGGCACUCGUGGUGGUGAUGGUGGUGGUGGGGGUAGUGAUGAGGAAAGGGAAGAAGAGGACGAGCUUGGAGAACUUCAGCAGAAGCAAGUCACUUUAAGAAUGCUUGUUCCUUCAGAUCAGAUUGGAUGUGUUAUUGGGAAGGGCGGCCAGGUGAUUCAGAACAUUCGGAGUGAGACCGGUGCUCAGAUUCGGAUUCUGAAAGAUGAACAUCUUCCCCCUUUUGCCUUAACUAAUGACGAGCUUCUCCAGAUUGUAGGAGAACCUACAGUCGUUAAGAAGGCGCUUCUUCAAGUAGCGACUCGCCUUCAUGUGAAUCCUUCUCGCUUUCAGCAUUUGCUUUUGUCUACUUCCAACAACCCGUAUCAAUCAGGUGGCAUGUUUGUAGCACCAAAUGCAGGUGUCCCGGCAAUGGGUGCUUAUGGAAGCUACAAAGGUGGCUGGCCAUCCUCGUACCCUGAGUCAAGAGAUGAUGGUGGUUCUGCUAAGGAUUUUGCUGUUCGUUUGCUCUGUCCAAUGGGAAAUAUUGGAAGUGUGAUUGGGAAAGGAGGUGUUAUUAUCAAACAAAUUCGUCAGGAAACUAGGGCUUCCAUCAAAGUAGAUAGCUCGGCCGCUGAAGGAGAUGAUUGUAUUAUCUUUAUAUCAGCAAAAGAGGUUUUGGAUGAUCAAUCUCCAACCAUCAAUGCUGCACUGAAAUUGCAGCCUCGAUGCAGUGAGAGAACUGAAAGAGACUCUGGAGAUUCUGUCCUCACAACCCGUUUACUUGUACCAAGAUCACAGGUCGGAUGCCUUAUGGGUAAAGGUGGAUCCAUUAUUUCUGAGAUGAGGAGUGUAACUAGGGCAAGCAUAAGGAUUCUUUCAGAGGAUAAUCUUCCCAAGAUUGCCACUGAAGAGGAUGAAAUGGUGCAGAUCACUGGAAACCAUGAUGUUGCCAGUAAUGCCCUUUUACAAGUAAUGCUAAGGUUGAAAGCCAAUGUAUUUGGAAGAGAUGCUGCCUUAUCUUCAUUUCCUCCGGCUCUUCCAUAUGUCCCAAUGCCCGUGGACAUGUCAGAUGGUCUGAAACAUGGAGGCCGAGAUACUCGUGUACGUGGUGGAUACCCAUCAUCCUCUGGGACAUAUGGCGACGAUUAUCCCAAUUCAUUUGUGAGUUUUUCUUUGUUUUAUCAGGGACAAUGUGAUGGAGAAACUGGUGGUUAUGGUGCAUAUGGCAGCUUGUCUUCUGGUCGAUCCAGCAGUGCUGGGUUGGCAGGCCAAAGCCCCAUGUCACAAAGAAAGCAUCAUGGAUAUUAGUUUCCAUGAUCUCGCAGCAGCAACAAUCUACAAAUCCCGAAGCCUGCCCCUAUGCCCAUUUGAUGAAGCCUUCAGCCUAGAACAGAAAAAGCUCACAGAUGAACUGCGUUUGAGAAAAAUUGUACUUCACCUCGGUCCACCCCCAUGAUGCUUACUUUGGACCUUCCGUGAACUGAUGAUGCAACUGAUCAUUCAAAUUCUGGACCUUGACACGAUAUUUUAAGUUUUAAGCUGCCCGUCCCAGCCAUUAUUUAUGCCUAUAUGGUAUGUUUUUUAUGUAACAGCAAUAAUAGGUAGCUCUGUGUGUCUGUAUGAUGUUUGCAAAUUAGUCUUCUUCCUUGGCUUAGAUACUCAAAUAGCAAUUGGUUGUUGUUGUUUUCAAUCAGCAUAAUGGUUGAGGUAUUGGUUGUAUAAUGUACACUC